AAAUGAGAGGCCAUGUUGUAAAAACACCAGAGGGUUCGAGGGGGGAGGUAUCAGUAUUGUGCAAGCGUUUGACACACAGAGAAGUCAUCGCUUAAAACUUUCUCAAAUCCAAUAUUUUUUAUUUUACGACGUCUGUCAGUCUAGUCAUAUAAUCUGUUUAAAAGCAGGUUAGAAACCCCUGCAGGCCACAUGUCCACGCAUCUCUCCUCAAUGUGCUCUGUUGGUGUCAGGUCGAUGUAAACAGCACCACUUCACUUUGAUCGGUUUGGUUUCAUUAUGUAUAAAUAAAUCGGAAUUAAAAAUGAUAGAAAAUUAGAAACGAGUGAGUGUAGUUGCCGUGUUUGACCGACAGGGCUGCCCCAGUCUGCCAGUGAAAGUUGUUUGCGUCGAGAAACGAAGUGGGCGCGGUCUUCAGCUCAGGUUUCCACGCGGCGGACCCGGGAAAAAAAUACUACUCCAACUAUUUCACACAAACUCCUCCACACAGCAGUGAUUCCACAAUAAGAGACGAAUCAACGCAAAAUCAAACACGCAACCGAGCCACGCAACGCGACACGACACCAGGAAGUGCUUUUCCAGAGUUUGUGAGAGCGAGAGAAGAUGUGGAGAGAAGACGCUGGUGACGCAGUUACACUCGGGAUCCCCUGCGACCCUUCAAGGACCCAUGUUGGUCCCCAGACCCCACUUUGAGAACCCCUGUUCUAAAGCUAUCUGGAUGAAAAUCCUCCAAAAACAGUGAUGGUCUGAUUGUGGGUGUGAACAGAGGAGAGGAGGAAGAGGAGGAAGAAGAGGAGGGGGAUGGACUGAAGGGCGGUGCGAGGGGUCUCUCUGUCAAAACAUUAUGAAGAUGGAUGGGAUUAUGGGAGUUACAGAAUUGUCUUCAGCACCAUCGCCUGUCACUGCAGUCAUCUUCUCCCAGUUGGAUCCCUUCAAUCGUUCAGCGGCUGUAUGGGGCAGUAUCCUGGACGUCAGUAGUGACUGAUCUCCUCUCCAUGGCCUGUCAUCCCUCCAGCUCAGGCUCCUACACAGUGGUGAUCAUCCCACUCAGGACCAGCCUCUACAGCCUGGACGCACUGCGCUUCUACCUAUGGAUUAAGCGCCAGAAGGAUCUAGAGAGAGAGAAGGACGCCCUGUGGUCUGGGCUGGAGAUUCUGGAGAGGGCUCGAUUCUGGUACCUCCAGCGGCUGCACGAGAACAGAACCCGGCAGGACAACAUGGAGACCAGAACUAGGCUCGGCUACUGCAAAGAAGAUUCAGCAGAGACUCGGUCCUCUCUCGUCAGGUCUCGGAUCCUGAGGGUGAACGGCUCCCUGGGUUCUGUGAUGACUGAGCCCAACGUGAUGAGCAGCAGCAACCCCUCUCUGCCUGAAACUGUGGCUGACAGCGACCUCCGGUGGUACAACUCAGUACUGACUCAGGCAAGGAAAAUAAAACGGGUACCUCUGGUAGUUUAUGAUGGUCAAGAGGGCAAAGUAGUUUGA